AUGCCGUUCGACUGUUGGGAGGUAGCGCUAGUCACUUGGAAGCUGUACUUUCAAACUGGCUUCAAGGAAGGAAAAGAUGCACUAGCAUCUGGUGGCGAGGAAAUGGCAGCCGCAAUGCAAUUUUACCUGGAGACAUUCGAUAUCAAAGCAUUAUCUAUCUGGGAGCUUUUUGAUUGCAAUGUGAAGCAGGCUUCAUUCAAACGCAAGAUGGCAGAAUGGUGGAACUCCACAUCGACUAUGGCCAGCACUGGGCGACCAAUCGAUGGCCUAAUCUGUCCGGUGCAUCCGUCCACGAGCUACCCUCAUAACUUUCCGAGUUGGUGGGGAUAUACAUCCUUGUGGAACGUUCUCGAUUAUCCUUCCACGACAAUGCCCAUAAAGGGUUUCAGAAUAUCUGCGGAUACGGAUCCGAAAAGAAUGGACUAUAAGCCAUUAAACAAUCCUUUCGACAGGAGAACUCAUGAAAUGUACAAUCCCGAGCUAUUUGCGAGCCAACCAGUAUGCAUGCAAAUUGUAGGAAGACCAUUCCAAGACGAAGAACUAAUUUUGGUGACUGAAGUCAUUGAUCAAGUAGUCAAUUCCGACAAUUAA